AUGGCCAUCAUCGCCGUCCUCCGGCCCUUCCCCAGAGCCGCCGCCCGAUCGCCUUCCCGACCGUCCGCCUUCACCAGCAUUGCCGCAGCUUUUGCUCCCCGCCGCUCCCUGUCCUCGUAUCUCGUGACCCCCGGCGAGCUCAGCGAGGCCCUCAAGAAGAACCCUCCCUCCCCGAUCAGUACCGACCCACGCAUCAUCCCCCUCUGCGCAGCAUGGUUCAUGCCAAACGACCCCGACCGCCGCACCGGUAUCCAGGCCUUCCGCCAGCAGCGCAUCCCAAAGGCUCGCUUCUUUGACCUCGACAAGGUCAUCGACAAGCACUCCGAGUACCCCCACAUGCUUCCCGCACCCAAGACUUUUGCCGCAGCAAUGAGCGAGCUGGGCAUCCGCCGCGAGGACACCGUCGUCGUCUACGACACCAAGGAGCUGGGCAUAUUCAGCGCCCCAAGGGUCGGCUGGACCCUGAAGGUCUUUGGCCACCCCAAGGUCCACCUCCUGAACAACUUCCGCCUCUGGGUAGACGAGGGACUUCCCACCGAGAGCGGCGAGCUGUACAAUGUCGAGUGUCACCCCUACCCCAUCCCCGAGGUCGACUCGGACAAGGUUGCCAGCUAUGAGGACGUCAGGGAGGUGGCCCUGGACUACAACAAGGAGGGUGCAGAGGGCGUGCAGAUCAUCGACGCCAGGAGCAGCGGACGCUGGACUGGGAGGGACCCGGAGCCAAGACCCGGUCUGUCGUCCGGACACAUCCCCGGCUCCGUCAACAUCCCCUUCAACGACGUCCUCGACCCCAAGACCAAGGCCUUCCUGCCCAAGGAGCAGCUACAGCACCUGUUCGGCGCCAAGGGUGUUGACCCGGGCAAGCCCAUCAUCUCUAGUUGCGGGACUGGUGUCACCGCCGUGAUAAUCGAGACGGCCCUGGACGAGGCCGGCUACGGGAGCCCUGAAACGCGCAAGGUCUACGAUGGCAGUUGGACGGAAUGGGCUCAACGAAAGCUAUCCUGUGUCUACGCGCUGGGCCCGGCCUCGUUACCUGGUCAAGCAGACCGUGCGGGACACCUGGGGGCCGCCGGAGAUGACGACGCGUCCGGUGCCGGCGCCGGUGCCGGUUCCAGGACGGGCUCGGCUCGCGCGUCUGCAUCACGCUCGCCGCUGCCGCUGAGCUCGGCUUCACUCACGCCCUCGCCACACCUGCUGGGGCCGGGACAGGCACAGCGGCGCACCCCGUCACCUUCGCCGGCGUCGCCGGUGCUCAGCGUGCCGUGCGCCAACAUGGCGCAGCUGGAGCUCUUCCACCACGUGUGCAGCCAGCAGCUCCCGCUGCCCCUGCCCAGCAACGACGGCAAGAUCCUCUCGGGUGUGCUGGAGGCUGCCUUCUCCUCGCCCUGCCUCAUGAACGCCCUGCUGGCCGUCGCCGCCCUCCACCUGUCGCACAUCCGCCCGGCGCAGAGUGCAUACUACCAUCACCAGGCCGUGCACUUCCACACCCACGCCCUGAGCAUAUUCAACCAGCAGCGGCCCCGGGUCACCCCCGAGAACUGCGUGAGCCUGCUCGUCUUCGGCCAGCUCACAAGUCUCCAGGUCCUCUACGAGACCACGCUGAACUGCGACGAGGACAAGUCCAAGUUUGAGCCGCUCAACCGCUUCCUGGAAUACAUCAAAGUCUACCGCGGCGUUGUGUUGAUCGCCAAGGAGGCGUGGCAGGCCCUCCUCCAGUCCAAGCUGAGAAGCAUCUUCACUGCCAGCGCCGGCAUUGCGGAUCACAGGUCGAGCGGGGGCUCGCAGACGUCGGAGCUGCGAUCCGUCAUCUCCAUCAGCCGGGCAUUGGACCGGGAGCAGAAGCAGCUCUGUCUCGAGGCCACCGACAGGCUGCAGUGGAUCUUCAGCCCUUCGGGCCCGGACUCGCGCAAGGGCCACAGCCCCGGGGAGGACGAGGGCCGCGGGAUGCACAGCUUGACACUGGUGCACGCGUGGCCGUGUCUCGCACACGAGGCGGUGCUGGACCUGCUGUGCAACAAGACCACCGAGGCGCUGUUGAUGCUGGCAUACUACGGCGUUCUCAUGCACCAACACAGGCAUUUCUGGACCUAUGCGAAUGUAGGCCAGAUACUGGUGCGGACCAUUGCGCGAUAUCUCGGCCCUGACUGGCAGCACUUCAUGGUCUGGCCGCUUGCCCAGGUGGACCGAGAUCAAGACCAGCCGGUGGAGGGGGCUUAG